AUGAAGCGGGACAAGAAAGAUGAAGAAAACGGUGGCGGUAAUCCAUUCGGCAAUCUCGAUAAAACAACUGUUUUGCAGGAGGCCCGUGCUUUCAAUGAAACACCGAUAAAUGCACGGAGAUGUAGUCUGAUCUUGAGUAAAUUGCUAUAUUUACGGCAGCAAGGUGAAACUAUCGGGCGUACUGAAGCAACAGAAGCUUUUUUUGCUGUAACAAAAUUAUGGCAAAGUAAGGAUUCGAAUCUGCGACGCUUAGUCUAUCUUGCAAUUAAGGAAUUUUGCGAUAUCUCCAAUGACGUCAUCAUCGUUACUAGCAGUCUUACAAAGGAUAUGACUGGUCGAGAAGAUAUUUAUCGUGCACCAGCUAUUCGAGCUUUGUGCUGCAUAAUUGAUGGAAGUAUGUUGCAGGCUAUUGAACGCUAUAUGAAGCAGGCGAUUGUUGAUAGAAAUCCAGCAGUUGCAUCGGCAGCCCUUGUCUCAUCAUUUCACCUGUUUCGGAAGAAUCCGGAAGUGGUACGUCGUUGGGCAAAUGAAGUACAGGAAGCUAUUUCAUCGGAUAGGUUU